AUUAAAGAUUCUGCAAAGUUCGAAACUCAGAUUUUAGGAUGUCAGAGUCAUCCUUGACUGGUUACCCACCCUUUGAAAUAGGAAAAUCAAGGUUUGAUCAAAGCACAUUCUAUGGAAGAUGGCGCCACUUCUUAGAUGUGAUAGAUCCUCGAACCCUACUGGUGGGAGAGGAGAGACUGAACGCCAGUUUGAAUCUGUUAGAAGAUUUCAAACAAGGCAAUGUACUUCCUGGUGUUACAAACAGACAGCUAUGGGAGGCGCAGAAAAUCAAACAGGCAACGAUGCACCCAGACACUGGGGAGAAAAUAUUCAUGCCUUUUAGAAUGGCAGGGUUUGUUCCAUUUGGGGCACCAAUGGUUACAGGAUUGUUACUUCCUAAUCAGACAUUUGCAACAAUGAUAUUCUGGCAGUGGAUUAAUCAAAGUCACAAUGCAUGUGUCAACUAUGCCAAUAGGAAUGCCACUAAGGAAACUCCCACAAUUAGGUUUGUUAUUGGCUACACAGGAGCAGUGUCUGCAGCAAUGGGUAUUGCAGUAGGUCUGAGUACUCUAAUCAAAAGGGCAAAUGGAAUGAGUCCUGGUGCUAAGCUGUUGAUACAGAGGUUUGUUCCCUUCCCAGCAGUAGCUACAGCAAGUGUGUGCAAUGUUUGCCUAAUGCGGUUCAGUGAAAUAUAUGAAGGUAUUGAUGUACUAGAUGAACAAGGAAAUGUGGUUGGAAAUUCAAAAGCAGCAGCCAAAAAAGCGUUAUUUGAAGUUGCCCAAACUAGAAUGUUCUUGCCAGCUCCCAUUUUGAUUAUUCCUCCUAUAAUUAUGGCUGGAAUUGAGAGAACAAAAUGGUGGGCUAGAAACCCUAGGCUCCAUCUCCCUGUGAAUGCUACCAUAGCAACUGCAGCAUUCGCAUUUGCUCUACCUUUAGCAAUAGCCCUGUUUCCUCAGCUAUCUUCUAUCAAAACCUCCGCUGUUGAAUCAGACAUACAAAGCAAAACUAGUAGCCCUAUACUAUUCUACAAUAAGGGACUCUGAUAUAGCAAUGAAUGCAGUAUUUGAAAAUAAUUAUAAUAUGUGAUCUAUGCCCAUUAACAGUUAAACCAGGAACAAUGAAGAUGUUAAGUAUUGGAUUUUCAUUUUGUGAUAAAGAGUAUAGGUAUAUUUUUAUGUGCAUUAUGUGAAAUAUCAUAUUGUUAGUAUGUGAUCAUUAAAGUAUAAUAAUCUCAUGAGUUAAGUAUUGAUAAUUGAGGUGUUAUGGAGAUUCACAGCCCAAAAAGUUACUUGCAGUAUUUUGAUACAUAAUUUGUGAUUUCCAUAUACAUUUCCAUAAUAUUUUAUAAAAUAUGAUAGCAGUAUUUGUAUAAUGUAAAUUUGACUUUAUCAAUACGAUUGAUCUAUUUUAUAAUAUUUACAUGAAUUAGAUAAUUUUUAGAAUUUAUAGGUAACUUUUACCUAGCAUUUGAUAUAUACAUAUAUAUUGAGAAAGCACUAAAAUAAUGUAAAAACUAAACCCUACAA